UCCUGCCAGCAGGCGGCGCAGCAAGUCGCUCUGCCGGGUUUCCAGGAAUUUGCAGGACCAUUCUCCCGUGCUUUUUACUAAACCAAGGUUUUGCAGUCCUGGCUACCCAGCCCUUUCCGAGGUCCGAGGUCCCAGAACCCACCCCCAACUCUGGACCUUCAACCCAGAAAGUCCGGAUGGACCAUGCAGCAAGACCCGGGCGCUUCUUCGGUGUCUACUUGCUCUACUGCCAGAACCCUCGGCAUCGGGGCCGCGUUUACGUUGGAUUCACUGUCAAUCCCGCUCGUCGGGUCCGGCAACACAACGCGGGUCGCAAGAAAGGUGGCGCAUGGCGGACCAGCGGGCGAGGACCCUGGGACAUGGUGCUGAUCGUACACGGUUUCCCGUCUGCUGUGGCCGCCCUUCGGUUUGAAUGGGCCUGGCAACAUCCUCAAGCUUCCCGCCGCCUGACGCACGUGGGGCCGCGCCUGCGCAGCGAGGCUGCCUUUGCCUUCCACUUGCGCGUUCUGGCGCACAUGCUUCGAGUUCCUCCGUGGGUGCGCCUUCCUCUAACACUGCGCUGGCUGCGACCUGACUUCCGUCAUGAACUCUGUCCAGUGCCACCAGCACACAUGCCCAUUGCCUUUGGACCACCACCACCCCAGCCCUUGGUCCCAAAACGACCAGCUGUAAGUGAGGCUAACAACGAGCAACAGCUGGAUCUAGGUAUCAAGGCCAGAUGCAGUCUGUGUGCGCGUAUGCUGCAGGAUGAAGAGGGCCCCUUGUGCUGCCCCCACCCUGGUUGUCCCCUAAGGGCCCAUAUCAUCUGCUUGGCAGAGGAGUUCCUGCAGGAAGAGCCUGGGCAGCUUCUGCCCCUAGAGGGCCAUUGUCCUAGCUGCAAGAAGUCACUACUUUGGGGAAACUUGGUUGGGCAGUGCCAUGUGGACUCCGAGGAGGAAGAGGACUUGGAAUUAGAGGAGGAACACUGGACAGACUUGCUGGAGACUUGAUCCUAAGUGUCCCCCUGCGCCUUUUCUGCUUCUCCAGUAAUUGGCAGCUUUUACUUGAGCACAAUACAAAGGCUGGGAUUGUGGUACCUUCUGAUGUUUUCUCAGAGCUGGGCGGGAAAGGAAGGACCAUGAGGCCUCGCUUCCUCCCUUACCUUUCUCAGAGGUAACAGCUACUGUCUUCAGCCGCUUUCCCAUGACUAUGAUUAAUGUUGGGACCAGCAACCUGGGGGAGGAGGGGGCUUGUCCCAUAUUACACUUCCAGGUCCCAGCCCAUCAGUGAAGGAAGGUUGGGUGGGAACUCAAGGCAGGAAACCUAGAGCAGAAACCACACAGGGGGUUGCCUAUUGGCUCCAUCUCUCUGGCUGGUGCUUCAUUCAGUCACCACUUAUAUAACUCAGAACCACCUGCCUAAGGGUGGCACUGUCCACAGUGGGCUGGGCCUUCUCACAUCAACCAACAAUAAAGAAAAUGCCCCCACAGACAUGCCCACGGGCAAGUCUGCCUGAGACAGUCUCCCGGUUGAGGACCUGAAAAGGCAGAGCUGUGUAAAGUUGACAACUGAAACCCAACAGGACAAUAAUUAAAGGCUCAGAGGUAGCGCCUGUGACUUGGAGCCUCUAUUGGGAGCACAAAGGUCCUUUCAUUCACACGUAAGCACCCGGCAUCUCCUGGAAAGCUACCAACUUUUCGACUGGACUCUACCCCCAAGAGUCCAUUGAUGGGGGCUGGAGAGCCAGCUCAGAGGUUAAGUGGCUGUUCUUGCAGAGGACUCAAAUUCAAUUCCCAACACCCACAUGGUGUCUCACAACACCAAUUCCAAGGGAUCCAACGGUAUCUUCUGGCUUCUGAGGGACUAGGCAGACUGGUGGCUUACAGAGUACAGUGACAUAAAUAAAAUCAUGAAGUUAAAUUAAAAA